GCUGCGCAUUUCCGCGCACCGUCGGCCCUCGCGGCGGUAGCCCGCGUUCCGCGUUCCCGGGAAGUUGUCUCUGGAGCCCGCGGUGCCUGGGUCUCCUCCCUCUGAGCCCCGCCCCCCGGCCCAGAGCUGGGAUCUGCGAGCUGCCCGGCCCGGGGGCGUCGCCGCUCUCUCAGCGAAGCCUGUGAGUCUCCGCUUCCCUGCGCGGAGCGCGCGUCCCCUGCCUGCCCGGGGACCCCCUGCGCACCCCAGAGACGGCGCGCGCCCAGAGCUCGGGAGCCCGGAGCGCCGGGCGCCUGGGACCCCGCGGAGCCGCUGCCCAGCCCGUGGGGCUCGGCGGGGAUGCAGGCUGCGCUGUGAACCCGGGCGCCAAGGCCAUGUCAGGCUCUCGCUGCCGGACCCUGUACCCCUUCUCCGGGGAGCGGCACGGCCAGGGGCUGCGCUUCGCCGCGGGUGAGCUGAUCACGCUGCUGCAGGUCCCGGACGGCGGCUGGUGGGAAGGCGAGAAAGAGGACGGGCUCCGUGGUUGGUUCCCGGCGAGCUACGUGCAGUUGCUGGAGAAGCCUGGAAUGGUCCCCCCUCCGCCAGGAGAAGAGAGCCAGACUGUCAUCCUUCCUCCUGGCUGGCAAAGCUACCUGUCACCACAGGGCCGGCGGUACUAUGUCAACACGACCACCAAUGAGACCACCUGGGAACGUCCCAGCAGUACUCCUGGGAUUCCGGCCAGCCCUGGCUCUCACAGGAGCUCUCUGCCUCCAACAGUGAAUGGAUACCACGCGUCAGGGACCCCAGCGCACCCUGCAGAGACUGCCCACAUGAGUGUCCGAAAAUCCACCGGUGAUUCCCAGAACCUGGGAUCCUCAUCACCAAGCAAAAGGCAGAGCAAGGAAAACACCAUCACAAUAAACUGUGUGACCUUCCCCCACCCGGACACAAUGCCAGAACAGCAGCUGCUGAAACCAACGGAAUGGAGCUACUGCGACUACUUCUGGGCUGAUAAGAAGGACCCCCAAGGCAAUGGCACUGUGGCUGGCUUUGAACUACUGCUCCAGAAACAGCUGAAGGGCAAACAGAUGCAGAAGGAGAUGUCAGAAUUCAUCCGGGAAAGGAUAAAGAUUGAAGAAGACUAUGCGAAGAACUUGGCAAAGCUCUCUCAGAACUCCUUGGCUUCACAGGAGGAAGGCUCCCUGGGAGAAGCAUGGGCCCAGGUGAAGAAGAGCCUUGCAGACGAAGCAGAAGUUCAUCUCAAGUUCUCUGCCAAGCUUCACAGCGAGGUGGAGAAGCCCCUGAUGAACUUCCGUGAGAACUUCAAGAAAGACAUGAAGAAGUGCGACCACCACAUUGCUGAUCUUCGCAAGCAGCUUGCCAGCCGCUAUGCCUCGGUGGAGAAGGCCCGGAAAGCCCUCACAGAGCGGCAGAGAGAUCUGGAGAUGAAGACACAGCAGCUGGAGAUCAAGCUGAGCAACAAGACAGAGGAGGAUAUCAAGAAGGCACGGAGGAAGUCCACACAGGCUGGAGAUGACCUCAUGCGCUGUGUGGACCUCUACAACCAGGCCCAGUCCAAGUGGUUUGAAGAGAUGGUGACCACCACACUGGAGCUAGAGCGGCUGGAGGUGGAGAGGGUGGAGAUGAUCCGGCAGCAUCUGUGCCAGUACACACAGCUGCGGCACGAGACAGACAUGUUCAACCAAAGCACAGUCGAGCCCGUGGAUCAGCUGCUUCGAAAAGUGGACCCGGCCAAAGACAGGGAGCUCUGGGUCAGAGAGCACAAGACGGGCAACAUCCGCCCUGUGGACAUGGAGAUCUAGACGGGCCUGUGCAGCUUUUGGGGGGCCUGCUGGGGAGAGGGGCUGGGCUCCCACCAUGGGGCCUGUGCUGAGUGGAUACCCCCCUCCCUCUCUCCUGGGCCACUGAGGAGAGGGGGGAGAGCUGGUGAUUACAGAUGGGUGACUCGGAUGGCCCAGCUGGGGGCUCUCCCAUAUUCCCAGGCCCAGAAGACAGACCCACAGCCCUGCCCUUGUCUCUGAGGCUGAAGGCCCCGACUCCUGUGCUGUGCUUGCCGCUCUGAAACAAACAGGCUGGAACUUUGUGGUCCCUGCUGAGCUUUGUAGGGGUCACCGCCAAAUGCUUGUGCCCUGGAAGCCCCAAGGCUCUUCCUUCAGCUGGCGCCCUUGUCUCCACGGUUUUGGAGAAUCAGGGGAGGGACGUCUCUGUCUCUAAGCCAGGUGUCAGGAUCAGAAUCGUGGAUAGCAGGUGCCAUUCAGCUCCCAGCCGCACCCAGAAUCCUUUGCAGCCCUCCUCCUUUAUUUUUUUUUCCCAUUGCAUUCUGGGAGCCCACAUCUGGCUUUCUCAGCCACCAUUCAUCAUCAGGGGCUUUAGGAGGAAGGCUCGGCUCCUGUCUUCCCAGACCCACCCUGCCUGGAGAGGUCAGGAUGGAACUACCUCAUUCGGCAAAUUAGCCCCAAAUCGAGCGCUGAAUCAUGUCUCCUAUGAGAUCAGGCGCCAUCUGUAAAGUCUUCUCUGGAAAUGCCAGUCCACCCUUCCCUCAGCUGCUUCCUUGGGGAAGCCCCUGCUCCCACCCUGUCACCCCUUCCCAGUCUCAUUAGAGGAAGUUUUCCAAAGUUCUCAGUUAUUAAGACCUCAUCCAGCUCGUCCAAAGGCUUCAGGGAUAGACAUGAACCAGCUCGUCUCAGAGGCCAGCAGGCUGGGACCUGUCCACCAUGGUGCCCUCUGCACCUUUGGGCUGCCGUGGCCCCCACCCUCCCAGGCUGCCCACCACAGGCUUGUAAUGGGGCUGGGUCAGUCCUACAUGGGAGAUGGGUCAGGCACGUCUCUGCCAUCCCCCAGAUGGCUGUGUCUUCUUGUGCGUGGCAGGGCUGAGACUGCUGUCCCUUGUAUGGUUUUCUCUCACUGGUGGGCACUGGAAAGGCAUCGCAGAUGCUCCUAUGGCCACACAAGGUUGCCACCUUCCAGGCAGUGUCCUGCCUCCUUGGCUUCUAGCUCCUUCUGCACAUUCCAGAGCCCUGCACCAAACCCUCCUUUCCCUCUCUCCAUCUUCCAUUCCCUGGAAGAGUCUGGUCCAAGUGUGACUUAGGAAGCUUUCAGUGCUGCCGUUGGGCCCAGCUCAUUAUAUGUCUCCCAUUCUCUGCCACAGCAAACACAUUCUCUACCACAUCAGUCUAGAGAGUCAGCCCGAGAGGCCGGGAGAAGCGCGAGUGAGGGCUGGAUUCUAGUCGGAAACCCACUCCCUGGAAAUCCAUCUUUUUUCAUCUUUCCCAUUGACCACUUUGGGUUUGACCUGCACAUCUGCAAUGAGGGCAGAAUUCAACAAGCACAAUACUGGUCUUUCAGACUCACGUGCUGGAAACUGAUGACUUAUUAAUCUCGAAUCUUUUGGACCCUCUAUCAUCGAAUGAGAAUUGCUUUCUUGUAGUUCACAUUAGAAAAAUGCCCAAUAUACUAAAGUAAACCAAACGUUGUCAUUUUUCUCUUGUUCUUGAAAUGCUGCAACCAAAAAGUCCAACUCAAAGGCCUUCACCAACAUGAAGACCGCUUGGUAGGACCUGACCAUGGCAUGGGGAACCACUCUGUCCAGAUCUGGGGUUGGGUCAUGACACCAGGUACCAAUUUUAGAAUAUUAUUUCUUGGUUUCUUUAUGAAAAAUGGGUGCUAGUGGUAAUUGCUUUGUGGCUUAGUAAACUACUUUGUGGAUGAUUUCCAACAUUCAAAACCAAUAGCCUUGCUAUUAACACAGAUAUUUUGAGUACGAUAUGGCUCAUUGACUUUUCCAUUUCCAUCUGAGGAUUCCAGAGUCCUCGGUUCCUCCCUGGGGUGGAGUGAGCUCUCUCGUGUCUUCCAGGGUAGCUCAAGUUGGCCCAGUUUGGGCCAGUCCAUUUUUGGAGGUCACUCUUUCCCCGUCAUCCCCUCAUCUUCUCUUUAACCCCUUUGCGUACUUCCUUCCUUCCUUCCCUCUGUUGUUCAUUCAUCAAGCAAGUUAAAGCCAUUGUGCUAAGUUCUAAUCUGAGGACACCAUAUGGCCCUGUCAUCAGGGAAGCCCAUGAUCUCUCGUUUUCAGGGUCCUUACAGGUCAGCAGCCUUGGCAUUCACAUACAGGUACUCUGCAGAAUUUAGGUUUUCAGAGGUAAGUCUGUUGUGCUGAUUAAUAUCCAUUCAUUUAUUCAGCGAAUGCUCAAGACAAGCCAGGCAUGCUGAGAAGUGAUGCUGUAGUUGCAUGAAGAGGGGCGCUUUUCCCCUCUCCUCUGUUCUCCAUGUGACGUAAUAAGAACACUGUACCCUCCCCACACUUAACCCUCUGGGAUUCUUUAUUAUGAUAUAAACUACGGCUGUGAGACAGUUACCUGUUGGAUGAAAGGUAGACAGAAACAAGAUCUUAAUCACCUGGUCCCCAGACCCUCACAGCUCAUAUCCAGCUUGAAUUUCAGAAAUGUCUUUGUUUGCUGUGAAUAACUCUUUACAAAUGGGUAAGGGAAGCCCAGGGAUAGCCAGUGAGGCUGUGAAAUGGCCAGUGAAUUGAGAGCAGGGCUGGAGUCGACAGUCCAGGCCCCCUACCCCUAUGAACAGGGGCCCCUUACUGGUUGGAGUCAAGAGAAGGAUGCAACUGAGAAGAUAAAGAGACUGCACGUUGGAGGGGCAGGCACGCUGUCUGGGUAGUAGUGGUGGUUUUGUUUAUGUCUUGGUGCUUAGGUGAGGACUUAGCGGGGUUUAUUCAAAGUAGGCAGGUCUGGGCUGUUCUUAAGAACAUCCAUAUUUCAUUUCUGAGAACAAGUCACCCCCUCUACCUGCCUCCACCCAGGAGACUGGUGCACAAGAUGUGUUUGUGAAAGCCUGAUUUAAAAUGAAGAGGAAGAAAAAAUCCUGAUGCCAAUUGUAUUCAAAGUGAGUUGGUUGCCAUGACAACCUCCAGGAAGGGCCACUUGUUACCCUCUCUUCUUUCUAGUGCUUUCCAUCAGUAGCAAUGCAUAGGCCACUUGAGCGAUGGGGAUGGCGGCCCUGAGGUUCUGUAACUGGGACCACCCUGGGCCUCCUAUCUACCUCCACUCAGCACCCUGUUGGCCAAGGAGAAUUUCUGCAGUGGGACAGUUGGUCAGGGUUGGUAAUCAGCCAGGCACACCGAAAGUGUACCGACGAAUUCACCCACCAGAAGUUUGUUUCUCUACCCUUUGUGAAAACCCAGCAAUUACUAGAUUAGUGGAUGGAUGCAUAAAAAUCUGGGCUGAGCCAAAGUCCCUUUUGGAAAUACAAGCCGUAAAAUUAAAAGGACAUCAGAGCCCUUGGCUUGUUUAGGUGAUUUUUACUUCCAGCUCCAGGCAGUCUUGGCAAGGAGCAUUUAAACAGACAGCUACAGACACGCUCAUUGUGUGGGGUGCAGAUCAGCUGCCCGCCCGCAUCGCCCGGACAUCAUCUCAUCCCCAUAAUCCUUCCCACCUCUAUGAGGCCCAUCGCCAUCAUCUUUUCCCAGGUUUAUUGAGGUAUGAUUGACAUCCAGUACGAUCCACCCUUUGGAAAUAGACAGUUCUGUGAAUUUUGACAAAUUUCGUGUCUUGUGACCACCAACAGCAACCUGUUUUUAUCACUCCAAAAAAUUCCCUCUUCCUACCCACUUUCCCUGGCAACCCUGUUGGGUGAUCUGAUCCUAUAAUUUUGCCUCUUCUAGAAUGUCAUAUAGGUGGAGUCACACCGAUGUAGCCUUUUGAGUCCACCAUCUUUCCCUCAGCUUCGCUUUUGAGUCUCUCAUGCUGUGUGUGUGCAGUUUGUUCCUUCUCGUUGCCGGGAAGUGUUUCAUUGCAUGAGUGCACUACUCUGCUGCUUUAGCUUUACACUGAGCCGUUUGCCCUGGAAGUUCCUGGCCCAGGGUCUUCAACUUGUUUGCACGACCACUUCCAGCUCGCUGCUUCCUUCGGCUCCCCCAGGCUCCUCCUCUGCAUGCCAGCUGUGCCCACAAACUGUUUUUAGGGCUCACGCUGCCUUUUUGGCUCAUGGUGGGUUUUUGAUAGAGCAGAAAGCAGCCAGGGAUGGGAGGGGAAGGGAUGGAUGGGCCCUCAGUUGCUGCUCACGUCUGCUGCAACCUGGAGUUAGCAUCUCGGCCAGUAGAUCCACUCCCUUCUGGGACCCACGCUUCAGUGUCACAUGGUCCUUGGCAUGUAUUGAGCGUUGUAGGCUUUGAAAGAUGAACAGAAGCAGCAUGGACGAGAAGGCUGGGGCUGGCCCUAGGGCUCAUCACGACGCUUUCCUAGAGCUGUUGCUUCCUCUGCAAGCUGAGGGUGUGUGUUCUAGAUGAGUGUCUCAGGCGACUGCAUGCACCUCCUCCCCUUUUCAUUUCCAAUGAUGUGCCCUGUGCCUGUAUGUGUUCAUGCUGUGUCUAGCUCUCAUCUGCACAGUCAUGCAUAGAAUUGCCUCAAGUCCUGGUGAGAGAGCGAGAGAUGUCUUGGCACUUUUCCAUUUAGACUCAAAUGGAGCUAAAAUUAAGAGUUUUAUGAGCUGUUAAGAAUGAGGUAGUUUCUCCUAGGACCCCCAAAGAAAGUACAAGUAAUGAUCGUUUGGGUCUCAUUCACCGGUCUUGGAUGGUACAUUCUGAAGUCUGCUCCCCAGAAGGCAGGACAGGCAUGAAGAUAGAGUCCUUGUCGCAGCUGGAGCAUUUCUCAGCUGGUGGUCACACAGCCUGGCCUGUGCCUGCACUCCACUGGGUGGUGGUUCAUGGUGACAGGGACAGGACCACAGCCAGCUAAGGCCAGGCCAGGCUGAAUGGGGCCCCCGAGGUAAACACUCCUCUAAGCUGUCUCUUGUUCAUGCCCCCUGCUCAGUGAAAGGUGUGCCCCAAGGCCAGCUGGGUACCUCUCUAUGCAAACCAGAGACAUUUCUGGAUCCAGGCCAGGUGAAGAUUGGGGCUGAGAAGCCUAAGCUACCAGGGCCUCAAGGAAGGGAGCCAAGGAUGCUGCUGGGACUCUGCUGGGUUGAAUUUUGCCGGGGAGGAUUCUUGUCUACCCCUCAGGAGUAUUUCUGUUGAGGCUUUCCUGGAGGUGAAGAACCAAUUCCUAUAAAAAGUUUUCAGGAAGUUAAAUCCCAUCUCUCUUAUUUUUUAUUGUUUCAGCAGGUUAGAGUGAGAAUCAGACAGAAAGCAAAAAUCAAUCUGCUUCUCCCAACUUUCUAAAUGCUGGGGUAUGGCUGUCAGGAGGCUCUGUUGGGAGGUGUCUGGGGGUGGGCUGGGGUUAGGGCGAUGCCCUUUGGAGAUUGCGUGUGGUGUUCAGGACUGUUUCUUGGGGUUUGAGGGAAACCUCUGGUGGGAUUGCAGUGGAAUGUAAAGAGGUCAGGGCACGUGGGUGCUCUCUUAGGGUGGGGUGACUCAGAGACCUACAGGGAAAGCCUGCUGUGCAGGGGAAGAGCAAGGACCCUGCUCUGCUGCCUCCUUUGUCUCAUAACCUGAAGUUAAAUCACAUCCCCUGUUGGGACCUCUGUGCACUCAUCUGUCAAGUGGGGACACUACCCUUCCAGCAUCACCUGCAGCAGAUGGGCUCUCGGGAGUCGUGGAUUCCAGGCAGCCGUAUGGACCUAGGGACAGACAUUCAAAGGGAUGUCAGCCAUCCUUGGUGACAGGGGUCCCAACUUAGCAUCCCUUCCCUUCCCUUAGGAAGGAGAUGACUGGAGGCAUCCCCUUCACAGACACAAGCACAUUGGCAAACCCUAUGAGAGUGGAAUUUUCUAACAAAAUAAACUUGCUUGUUUGAUCUGUUUUCUGUAACUUUUGCUAAAUACUUUAUACAUUUUUCAUGUUAAAGAGCCGCGUCUCCCGCCAGCACACCUCACCCUGGUAUGAAUGUCUUCCCUCCACAUUGUAUAUCCUUCCACCCUCUGGCUGCCUAGAUCAGUAAAUAAAAUUGAUGUAAUAUAAUUUAUAAGUAACACUGUUGAAACCCUGAUCCCCAUGGAGGCUGUAGCCUACCCUCCCCUGCCCCGCCCCAUUAUCGCAUUUGUGUGUAUUAAUGCUGAAGAAUUAAAUGUUUAAAGAGUUUAAAUUUCGAAGGCGUUUGCUAUAUAUAAUUGUCCUGCAUUAUUAUAAAGAGUUUUCAGGAAGUUAAA